GUGGACGUGCUGAUGGAGGCGGCGGCGCACGGCGAGAGCGACCCCAUGAAGGGGGUGUCGGAGAACAUCAUGCUGGGGCAGCUGGCGCCCGCCGGCACCGGCUGCUUCGACCUCCUCCUGGACGCUGAGAAGUGCAAGCACGGCAUGGAGAUCCCCAGCACCCUGCCCGGGAUGGGCAUGGGGGGGCCUACUGGAAUGUUCUUUGGGUCUGCCCCCAGCCCCAUGGGGGGCCUGUCCCCAGCCAUGACACCCUGGAACCAAGGAGCUACCCCCGCCUAUGGGGCCUGGUCCCCCAGUGUGGGCAGUGGGAUGACCCCCGGAGGCGCCGGCUUCUCCCCCAGCGCCGCCUCGGACGCCAGCGGCUUCAGCCCCGGUUACUCCCCGGCCUGGUCCCCGACCCCCGGCUCUCCCGGCUCCCCCGGGCCCUCCAGCCCCUACAUCCCCUCCCCCGGUGGUGCCAUGUCACCCAGCUACAGCCCAACGUCACCCGCCUACGAGCCGCGUUCACCGGGGGGCUACACCCCACAGAGCCCCAGCUACAGCCCCACCUCGCCAAGCUACAGCCCAACCUCACCCAGCUACAGCCCGACGUCACCCAACUACAGCCCCACGUCACCGAGCUACAGCCCCACUUCGCCCAGUUACAGCCCGACGUCACCCAGCUACAGCCCGACGUCGCCCAGUUACAGCCCGACGUCGCCCAGCUACAGCCCCACUUCUCCCAGUUACAGCCCGACUUCGCCCAGCUACAGCCCCACUUCUCCCAGCUACAGCCCCACCUCGCCCAGCUACAGCCCAACUUCUCCCAGCUACAGCCCAACUUCACCCAGUUACAGCCCCACAUCACCCAGCUACAGCCCGACGUCACCCAGCUACAGCCCUACCAGCCCCAACUACAGCCCCACCAGCCCCAACUACACCCCGACCUCUCCCAGCUACAGCCCGACUUCGCCCAGCUACAGCCCCACCAGCCCCAACUACACCCCGACUUCCCCCAACUACAGCCCCACCUCCCCCAGCUACAGCCCCACUUCCCCCAGCUACAGCCCCACUUCCCCCAGCUACAGCCCCUCCAGCCCCCGCUACACCCCGCAGUCCCCAACCUACACCCCCAGCAGCCCCAGCUACAGCCCCAGCAGCCCCAGCUACAGCCCCACCUCCCCCAAGUACACCCCGACCAGCCCCAGCUACAGCCCCAGCUCCCCCGAGUACACCCCGACCAGCCCCAAGUACAGCCCCACCAGCCCCAAGUACAGCCCCACCAGCCCCAAGUACAGCCCAACCUCGCCCACCUACAGCCCCACCACCCCCAAGUACAGCCCCACGUCCCCCACCUACAGCCCCACCAGCCCCGUCUACACCCCGACCAGCCCCAAGUACAGCCCCACCAGCCCCACCUACAGCCCUACCAGCCCCAAGUACAGCCCCACAUCCCCCACCUACAGCCCCACCAGCCCCAAGGGCUCCACCUACAGCCCUACAUCCCCUGGCUACAGCCCCACGUCCCCCACCUACAGCCUCACCAGCCCAGCCAUCAGCCCCGACGACAGCGACGAGGACAACUGAGCCGGGGUGGGGGGACCCCCGUCAGGCUAUGGGGCUGACCCAUAAGUUGCUGUCACCACCCCAAGCUGGGUGGGUGACAAUGGGGU